UUUACUUAUAUUUAACACUACAUUUAAUCUUAAAAUAAAUAAAGUAAUUUUAUACAAACUGAAAUGCCUCGAAAUCAAAAUGCAGAACGCGACAACCCCUGUCUCAAGGAGCAGGAGUUGUCGUUCAAAUGUCUUAACAAAAAUAAUUUUGACCGGGACAAGUGUGAGGUGUACUUUGCUAAUUAUAAUAACUGCAAAGAAUUCUGGAACAAAGUACGAACGGAUCGUCGCGCCAAGGGAAUCGCGCCAUACCUGCCACCGGUUGAAGAGCGGGACGCUAUCAAAGCAGAAUACAUGAAAACCAAGUCCCAAAAAAGUUAAUAUAAUGAAAUCUGUUACUUUGGGUAAUAUAAUAUUUUUUAACAACUUUUAAAAUCAA